GCGACAGCAGCCCAGCACAGACCCAACACUGGCGCCCCUACGGACGGCUCGCGCACCAUCACCCUGCGGGACUCGCAGCCCCGCCCCGAGGACGACUCUGGCGCGGGUCCUUCCUCAGGCGAGGCGCACGUCGUGGGCGCUCUCAGGCUGAGAGGACAACCGAGGCGGACGAGGGCGAGGGUGGCGUGGGACGAGGGGGUGGUAGACAACGAAGGAGCGGGGAAGAAGAAAUCCAAGAUAUGCUGCAUCUACCACAAACCCCGAGAAUUCGACGAGAGCUCCUCGGAGGAGUCGUCCGAUUCUGAUUCGGACUCGGGCGCUGGGCGCAGACACCAUGAUCACAAUCAC